AUGCAAGUCGAAGUCAAUCCCAAUGAGGAUACCGAAUGGAAUGAUAUCCUCCGCAAGCAUGGCAUCAUCCCGGAGAAGCCCAAGGACCCCGAACCGUUGAUCCAAGAGGCGCUGAUCGAAGCGGAGCGCAAGGCGUAUGAAAAUAGACUCGAGGACAAGGAUCUGGACGAGUUGGACGAGCUGGAGGACGAGGAAGACGAGGCAUUUCUAGAACAAUACCGUCAAAAGCGACUAGCCGAGCUAUCUACGCUGCAGCAAACGAGCGUCCACAACCAAGUCUACCCGCUCCAGAAGGUUGACUACGCCCGCGAGGUCACGGAGGCCUCGAACAGCUGCUUUGUCUUGGUCCAUCUCAGCUCCUCGACCGGCGGCAACGUCGAGUCACAACGGUUGACGGAACUCUGGCGGACCCUGGCGGCCAAGUACGGAGAUAUCAAGUUCUGCGAGAUCCGGGCCAACAUGUGCAUCGAGGGCUAUCCCGAGCGCAACACGCCCACGAUCCUGGUCUAUCGGAACACCGAAAUCAAGAGACAACUGGUGACCUUGCGGGACCUCAAGGGUCCGCGCACGACUGUUGAAGACAUCGAGAGACUGCUCCUGGAUUUAGGCGCUCUCAAGGAGAGUGACGUUCGCCUGAAGAAGCGAUCGGACUCAUCGGACGAUGAACGUCCGGCUAUGGCUAAGAAUAAGUCCAUUCGGCCCAUGGUCCAGGACGAUGAUGACGAUUGGGAUUAGACGCUGCGUCGCGAUACGCUUUCGUCACAAGCGAGAUGGGCAGAUUGUCGAAGUCGGCAACGAUGCGGUCCACGAACAAUUCGCACACUUGGCGGAUGGAUACAUCCUUAGUUAUCGAGGCGGCAGUCCUAUUGAUGAAAUGGUCCAAUGUAGCAACCAUAUCGCACGUCCGGAGCUGAGCUCGGGAGAAUGGAAAGCUUUCAGCUUUGAGCGCUGGGCUCUUGCCGUCCUCGGACUACAUUCAGCUUUCCUACCAUGGAAAUGCCGACCUGGCUCUUUAAUCUCAAACUUGAGCUAUGUCAAGACCAAGACGAUGAGAUGACUAAGAAGAAAGUUACCUUAAAUAGAACCCUCAAAUGCGGUCACUGAC